AUGCCUGAUCCACGCGUCUUCAUCAUCCGUCACGGCGAAACAGAAUGGUCGCUCAAUGGCCGUCACACAGGCACAUCGGAUAUCCCACUCACAGAGAACGGCGAGAAGCGAGUGCGCGCAACCGGAAAAGCACUUGUAGGCGACGACCGACUUAUUGUCCCAAGUAACCUGGCACACAUCUACGUAUCCCCGCGCACGCGCGCCCAACGCACACUCGAGCUACUCGACCUCGGCUGUCGCGACCGGUACCCAUGGCACGAGCACCCGACGCAAUCCGACAAGGAGCCCACCAAUACGCUCGACGUGCGGACAAACGCGUCGAUUGAGAUUACCGAGAGCGUGCGCGAGUGGGACUACGGCGACUACGAGGGCAUCAAGAGCAGCGAGGUGCGCGAAUCGCGCAAGAAGAGAGGGCUGGGCGAGGACUGGGAUAUCUGGCGCGAUGGCUGUGAGGGCGGCGAGAGCCCCGAGGAUGUGACAAAGCGUCUUGAUGAGCUGAUUCAUGAGCUGAGGGAGAAGUAUCACAAGGGGAAGUUUGGCAGGGAUGGGAAGCCAAAUGAUGUGCUCAUCGUCGCCCACGGGCAUAUCCUGAGGGCGUUCGCGGCGAGGUGGAUUGGAAAGAAGUUAGAGGACAACCCGAGUUUGAUAUUGGAGGCUGGUGGUGUGGGGACGCUGAGCUACGAGCACCACAGUCUCGAUGAACCGGCGAUCCUGCUGGGUGGUGCCUUUGUGGUUGACGCCAUUGAAAAGGAGGAAGAGCAGAAGGAGGAAGCAAACAAGAAGUGCCCUUGA